AAGGGAUUUUUUUGCUUUCUGUAACUAUUUGAAAUUUUCCAAGUUCUAAUUUUUUAUUAUUCAGAUGAGCAUCUACUUUCAUAUUCAUUCAAAGCAAGAGUGACAUAAUAAGUAAAGUCCAGCCAUGGCUGCUGGCAGUGCAACAUUUCAGGACAGAACCCUGAACAAAGUGGCUGUUUGCUCAGCAGUGUUUGCUGGCUUUGCAUAUGUGGGCUAUUCUUAUGCAAGGACUGCAUUUUGUCGCAAGCUAUCCCGGAGGCAUGGAGCAUAUGAUGAUGAUAGCCAAGAAGUAUCUCGGAUGGUCUUCAGGCGUCUUUCACAAACAUCACAAACUGAUGCUUUAAGCAGUCCCUGGGAAGGCAAAUCUGGUGGCCGUCCUUUUGUGCGGCCCAAAAGUGUCCAGGCCCGGAUAAGAGAAUUGAACCUGCGUGCCCGUCAGUUCUCUGAUGCCUUUGUGGCUAUCCAGAGCAGUGGCGGAGGUCUGGACAAUGGAGUGUCUCGCACCCAUGCCAUGCACACACACCACAGCCUGCAGUGCUCCCCGUGGUCAUCCCCUCGUCUGCUGAGCCCCGUGGAUGUACGGGGCCUCACGGGGUCUGUGUCCACUGAGAACCUCACGGGCCUGCCCCACCACGCCUCCCCAACACGGCCUAAAUGGCGGCGUCAGAGCCUGAGGAGGAAGCGCCACAGCUUCCAGCAGCCUCUGGAUGGCGAGGAGGAAGAGUGCAUGGAAGUGGAAGUGCAGGAAGAAAACGAACAGCAGAGGAGGACGAGGAUGGAGAAAGAGACCAGAGAAAUGUACAGCAACAGCAAAGAACAGCUUAUUGAGCGCCUGCGAACACUCAUGGACCGAGGGCGGUUGCUGAGUCCUUUUGAAGCGAAGACGCUCGUGGCGCUGCUGUGUGCCGAGGACACGGCGCUUCUGGAACGCACGUUAGUCACCAUCGCCAACUGCGCCACCUUCACUCUCAACGUGGAUCUGCUCCGGGACGCAGGAUGCAUCGUGCGGUUGUGCUCUCUGCUCACCAGCAAUGAUGAGCGCAUCAAACUGGCUGCUGUCCAGACUCUGGGCAACGUCCUGCUAGCUCCUGAGAGUAUCCUGCAGGCCCAGACUUGCCUGCCUCCGUUGCUUGAUAACGUCAACACUCGGGACCCUGACGACCCCCUGCUACUGGCCUCGCUGGUCGUCCUCACUAAUGUCGCCACCCUCAGCACCUGGCAUGGUGCCAUCAGUCCCGUCAUCAGCAGGUUAUACGCGCUGGUCGACUGCGGGGCACUGCAGGUGCAGCUGCAAGCUCUUCGUCUGCUGGUGAACCUCAGCUGCAACAAGGACAUGAUCCUGCAGCUACUGGCGGCAGAGGGGCCGCAGCAGCUGCUGCAGCUGGUCAGUGUUGCCACCGACCGCGCGGUGCUGCUGCGGGUGCUCACUCUGCUGGCCACGCUUGCUGCUCAUGCUGCAGAGUGCAGCAUCUCUGCUGCUGACUUGCCAGGGUCUGCUGCUGCAGAGUCGUCCAUGUUCACUCGUCUGCUGGGCGAUGACGUCAGAGGAACUUUGACGGCAACCGCGACUGACAUCAGCCGCUAUCAUCCUGACCCUGAAGUGCGACGACAGGCGAACCGCCUGCGCAUCAGCCUCGCCUGUCCCCGCCCUUGAGGACAAUCCAUCUUUUCAUCAGCCUUGCCUGCCAUUUCAUCUAGGAUGAAUCGUCUGCUCAACAGCCUCGCCUGUCCUACGCCAUUUAAAACGAAUCGUCUGCGCAUCAGCCUUGCCUGCCUCCACCACCCAGGACAAAUAUUCGCGCGUCAGCCUCGCCUGUCACUCGCCAUCAGAUAUGGCUCGCCUCGUCCAUCAGGCUCGCUUGUCCAUCAAUCAAGGACGAAUCGUCUGCACAUUAUUAUAGACUAUCGUAUCCUAUCCGCGAGUCUAGCGAGGCUCUCCUUCAAACCACCCAAAUCCGCCAGUGUAUGGCGCUUAACGAGCCGAGCAGAGAAAAAUGAGAGGCGAGCCCAACGAUGCGCUCCAGUGCUUGCUGUGGGGCUCGGCUCGGGUUCAGUUGCAAUGCAGACGCCAAGCUGGAAGGGCGUGUGCAGUCAUGGCGGACUCCAAGCUAUUCAUGAGCCCUGACUUCCGAACCAAGUUCAUUGAAGAGUACCGCAAUUUGCCAUACUUGUGGAAGGUCCGUAGAGCAUUCGAUUUGUUGAUUAUAACGAAUCCUUCCUUAUAAUAAAUCGAAUUAUUCCGUACGGCAAUAUUCGAUAAACGGUUUAACUUUGUCCAAUGGGACAUUGAAGUUAACCGCAGACAUCAUAAGUUUUGAUAGUCGUUUCGAAUAUCGUUGCGUAUGAAAUUCAGCAAAUUCAUUUGACUGAAUCUUGGUCGAUUGACUAGCGAUUCUUUUGACUACAUAGAUCUUUUCCUGCGUUGCUUUUUCGCUGCCCCAAGCUCAUUCAAAACGAUGGCAGGAGCUGCGACUCGCCUCCGCAGACUCGCCUCUUCACGACUGGGCGCUGCGAGCUAAGUACGAUGGUGUAUGGUGAAAUAUCGCCGAAUCAGAUUCACUAGUCAGAAUCAGCUAGCUGGACUCGAGAGUUGGAUACGCUAGUGCAUGGGGCGCUCAAGUCUCGCCUGUCCCCCGCAAUAAAAUAUCGAUCGUCUGCGUAACAGCCUCGCAUACCCAACCACGAUGAAUUGACCAAGCCAAUGCUAUGUCUACCGUUAUCAAGGAUGAAUUGUCUUUUCAUCAGUCUCGCUCGUCACCCGCUAUCAUGCAAGUCUGUGCAUCAGCCCCCGCCCCCCCUACCACCAAGAGAACUGUCUACUCCUCUGCUCUUUGCCAUCGUCGACGGCUUGGCUGUGUGGAACAACCUGUACCAAAGAGCGACUUUAGUCGCCUCGGAUCUCGUGUAUAUGUUUAGUUGUAAGAAUUUGAAUUAGUGUAACAAAUUAGAUAUUCAAGAAUAGCAUCCGAGAAGCCGAGGAUUAUACGUUAUCACAUUUGUUAAUAUAAAACGGAAGUGCAGUCGACUGCUAGCAGUGGGAAAGAUUAUGGAAUCUUUAGUGGAUAUAGAAAUAAUUGUCUAAUUAUGUUUUCAAAUAAUUAUUACAAUUUGAUUUGGUUAUAACAUUUUAUUGGGACGUAUAGUUUCCCGGAAAUUCACUCUUAGGAAAUUAACUUCACCUCUACCGAAAAAUUGCGUACCGAUUUUGAAGAUAUUUUUGAAUUUGCACAUUUUAAAAGUCAUGAUUCCAUCUAGUCUAUUCGAUACUUUAAGAUACCUCGAACGGUGCGACGUUGGAAUUUGCAAGGUACAUACUUCCUACAUGUAAUUUGCAACAAUUUGCGCUAAAUUGUCAAAUUUUAUUAAUCCAUAUUGGAGUCUGAUGAAAGUAAAUUGAUUGUAUUAUGAUGCAUUCUGCAGAAAAGCCUUUUCAUGAAACUAUAUUAGUUGAGUUGUAACAAUUAAAUUAAAAACGAUAACUUUUA